AAGCAAUCCAACCUUGCCUUCUUCUGGCCCGUACCAUUCUCCAAAAGUUCGUCAAAUGCAUAGCGCAGAUUGAAAGAUUGUGGUGGUCCUUUUCCCCUUUCCCAUAUCUGAAAGCAACCCCGCUGCACAUUUCCCGUAAUCGUUUCCUUCUUCUUCCCCAUCUCUCUCUCCUCUUCCCCCGGCCGGAUGAACAGGCGCCAAAACAAGUUUGCCCUGGAACGCGACCUAAUUCUCUAGUCAGACAUUGGGAUUUCGCCGCCGGGAAUUUCUCAGACACAGGCUUUGUUGGAUGAUCUUUGGAUAUCAGCAAAGCAAUGAGCCGUUUGACAGAACUUCAGAAAAACCCCUCAGCUAGGAGAAAGUUAAGAGAUUUGCAGCAACAAACUGAUAACCGGGUGUGUGCUGAUUGCGGUGCGCCAGAUCCUAAAUGGGCGUCUGCAAAUAUUGGAGUCUUCCUCUGCUUAAAAUGUUGCAGUGUACACCGAAGCCUUGGUACCCAUAUCUCAAAGGUGUUGUCAGUGACACUGGAUGACUGGACCGAGGAAGAAAUUGAUUCCAUGUCUGAAGUUGGUGGGAAUGCGGCUGUUAAUUCAAUUUAUGAGGCUCAAAUACCUGACGGUCUAUCAAAGCCUAAACCAGAUGCCAGUCACGAUGAGCGUUCAAAAUUCAUCAGAUCUAAGUAUGAGCUUCAAGAUUUUAUGAAGCCUAGCUUGCGAAUGUCAUCAGGAAAGUCUGCUGUAUCUGCCCAGUUAAGCUUUUCUAGGAGGAUAAUCGAUACAUUCCGAACCGCAAGUGAAGCUACGGAUGGCAUGGUAGAAUUCAUAGGUUUACUGAAGGUGAAGGUUGUGAAGGGUACAAACUUGGCUGUCAGAGACAUGUUGUCAAGCGAUCCUUAUGUCAUUCUCAAUCUCGGUAAACAGACUGUCCAGACCACUGUAGUUAGGAGCAACCUGAAUCCAGUAUGGGAUGAGGAACUCAUGCUCUCAGUUCCACAAGACUAUGGUACUGUGAAGUUGCAAGUGUUUGACUACGACACGUUCUCUGCUGAUGACAUAAUGGGGGAGGCAGAGAUCGACUUGCAUCCAUUGAUAAACUCGGCGAUGGCAUAUGGGGACCCGGAGAUGUUUGGGAACAUGCAGAUCGGGAAGUGGUUGAAAUCAGACGACAAUGCUCUCAUGGACGAUAGCACAAUAAACAUCGUGGAUGGGAAGGUGAAGCAACAAGUGUUUUUCAAGCUCCAGAACGUAGAAUCUGGGGAGUUAGAACUAGAGUUAGAGUGGUUGUCUCUGGAGCAAUAAAGCAAAAGUACAUAUAUUAUCUACAUUCAUGCAUUCUUAUGCUGGACAAAGAAGAAAGGAAAGGAAAGAAGCUGGUGAAGUUCAUCGUUUUGGACAGUUGAUGAAUCCAUGAGAAGACUUGUACUAUUCUGUGGUUUUCCUUCUCCUUUCCCUUUUUUCCAAUUUUCGUGUUAACUGCAUUGGCCAUGUAUAUUUAUUUGUCCUACCCAGUUUCAUAUAUUUAUUUGAUCAUAGCACAUGCCACA